AGCGCGUGAACAGUCCGGGUUGUGCGUCGCGCCGGAGGGCGGACCUGAGGCACCCGUGGGGCGGGGCCGAGGGUUUCGCGUCGACACCGCCUUCCUGCCCCGCCCCUGACCGUUCGGCCCGCCCCUCCUUCCUGGAGCCUCCGCGGAGGCUGAGGCGGCGAGGCGGCCGGGAGGGGGGCUGCUGGUGGCCGGAGCGACACGCGCCCGUCGCGACCCUAUGCAGUGACUCGUGCGGCGCAGGCGCCUCCUGCCCCGCCGGCGGGGCCCAGGCUUACCGCGGCGGGAUGUUCUCCCGAAGGAGCCACGGAGAUGUGAAAAAGUCUACGCAGAAGGUGCUGGACCCCAAGAAGGACGUGCUGACCCGCCUGAAGCACCUGCGGGCGUUACUGGAUAACGUGGAUGCAAGCGAUCUUAAGCAGUUUUUUGAGACCAACUAUUCUCAGAUAUAUUUCAUCUUCUAUGAAAAUUUUAUAACACUGGAAAAUAGUUUGAAGUUAAAAGGGAAUAAUAAGUCACAAAGGGAGGAGCUGGACUCCAUCCUCUUUCUAUUUGAAAAAAUACUGCAGUUUCUACCUGAACGAAUUUUCUUUCGAUGGCAUUACCAGAGUAUAGGCUCAACUCUGAAGAAGCUUUUACACACUGGAAAUUCUAUUAAGAUAAGAUGUGAAGGAAUCAGACUGUUUCUUUUGUGGCUUCAAGCACUUCAGACAAACUGUGCAGAAGAGCAGGUGUUGAUUUUCGCUUGCCUAGUGCCUGGUUUCCCAGCGGUUUUGUCAUCUAGAGGUCCCUGCACACUGGAGACACUCAUCAACCCUAGCCCUAGUGUAGUUGAUGCAAAAAUAUACCCAGAGGAAAUCACCCCACUUCUGCCAGCCAUAUCAGGCGAGAAGGUUGCUGAGGACCAAACCUGCUUUUUUCUUCAAAUACUGUUGAAAUACAUGGUUAUUCAGGCUGCAAGCUUGGAGUGGAAGAAUAAGGAGAAUCAAGAUACUGGUUUUAAAUUUCUUUUUACACUGUUUCGAAAGUAUUAUCUUCCUCAUUUGUUUCCAUCAUUUACUAAGUUAACCAACAUCUACAAACCUGUACUUGAAAUUCCCCAUUUGAGACCAAAGCCAGUAUAUGUUACUGUAACUCGAGAUAAUGAAACAAGUUACAGUACAAAAAUUCCAUACAUGGCAGCUCGUGUUGUUUUCAUUAAAUGGAUUGUAACUUUCUUUUUGGAAAAAAAGUAUCUAACUGCAACCCAAAACACUAAAAAUGGAGUUGAUGUAUUACCUAAAAUCAUCCAGACUGUUGGUGGUGGUGCAAUACAAGAGAAGGUGCCAGAGCUGGAUGGUGCUGGGUCCACAGAGCAGGAAAAAAGCCAUUCUAACAGCAGCACCUUGUCUGACCGAAGACUCAGCAACUCCAGUCUUUGUAGCAUUGAAGAAGAGCAUCGGACAGUGUAUGAAAUGGUGCAGCGGAUCCUACUGUCAACACGAGGUUAUGUGAAUUUUGUGAAUGAAGUAUUUCGACAGGCAUUUUUGUUGCCUUCCUGUGAGAUAGCUGUAACAAGAAAAGUAGUUCAAGUGUACAGGAAAUGGAUCCUCCAGAGCAAACCUGUGUUCAUGGAGGAGCCAGAUAAAAAGGAUGUUGCUCAAGAAGAUGCUGACAAAUUAGGACUUUCAGAGACUGACUCCAAGGAGGCCUCAUCUGAAAGUUCUGGUCAUAAGCGGUCAUCCAGUUGGGGACGCACGUAUUCCUUCACAAGUGCCAUGAGCAGAGGGUGUGUGACAGAAGAGGACAACACAAAUGUGAAAGCUGGGGCCCAAGCUAUGUUGCAGGUCUUUCUUACAAAUGCUGCAAACGUCUUUUUGCUGGAACCAUGUGCUGAAGUUCCCACGCUCCUGAGAGAACAAGUAGAUGCCUGUAAAGCUGUUCUGAUUAUUUUUCGGCGAAUGAUAAUGGAACUUACAAUGAAUCAAAAGACAUGGGAGCAGAUGUUGCAAAUCCUUCUCAGGAUAACAGAAGCUGUCAUGCAGAAGCCAAAGGAUAAGCAUGUAAAGGACUUGUUUGCCCAGAGCUUGGCAGGGUUGCUCUUCAGGACACUUAUCGUGGCUUGGAUCCGAGCAAACCUCUGUGUGUACAUUUCACGGGAGCUCUGGGAUGACUUUCUCAGGGUGCUGUCAUCCCUUACGGAGUGGGAGGAACUCAUCACCGAGUGGUCUAACAUCAUGGACUCCCUGACAGCUGUGCUUGCAAGAACUGUGUAUGGAGUUGAAAUGACAAACCUACCUCUGGAUAAGUUAAGUGAACAAAAGGAGAAGAAGCAGCGUGGCAAAGGUUGUGUCCUAGAACCCCAAAAAGGGACCACUGUUGGGAGAUCCUUUUCUCUCAGCUGGCGUAGCCAUCCAGAUGUGACUGAGCCAAUGAGAUUCAGAAGUGCCACCACAUCUGGAGCACCAGGAGUAGAGAAGGCAAGAAAUACUGUCCGUCAAAAAGCAACUGCUAAGCGAAGCCAGUCUAUCAGCAACUGUGUCCACCUCUCUGAGGCUUUGCCUGCUACUAAAAGCGUCCCGCUCCUCCUCCAUACCGUGAGCGCUCUCUUACCUGGUCUCUCUUACUCCUCUUGCUCUCACAGGCUGUCAGAAGUGGAGGAGUUCCAGCAGGCAGAGAGCGCAGCUGCAGCCGACUGUGACUAUCUCGUGGUAGGACAGCAGCAGGUGCCCCGGAGCAGCAGCACCUCUGACAUCACUGAGCGCUUGUACUCAGAUUCUUCUCAAGGUUACAGUCCCAUGCUGCCUCAUCCAGCUUUUUACAUGACUUCUGGGGAUCAGAGCUCAGGUCCUCACGCUUGCACAACAGGGCCGUCACCAUUGUGCCGUCUCCCCAGCGCAGGUCAAAAGGUAGAACAUUCACAGAAUAUGAGCUCUUCAGAACCCAAGUCUGUUGAAGAGAGUAAAGGACAAGUGACGCAUGAACAUGAAGGAAUAACAAUCUUGGUUCGAAGGAGCAGCAGUCCUGCUGAGCUGGAUCUGAAGGAUGAUUUACAGCAGACCCAUGGGAGAUGCAGGGAAAGACAGAAGAGUGAAAGUACUGGUAGUGACACAGCUGUGGGCUACAGCAAUGAAGCAGAACUACCUGUGAGCCCAUGGCAGGCCUGUGAGGAAGACCCGGACCUGAGCACUCCCACAGAUGCUGUGGCUGACUCUGACGCCCGCCAUUGGUUACAACUGAGUCCUACUGAUGCUUCAAACUUAACAGACAGCAGAGAAUGCCUUGCAGACGACUGUAGCAUUAUCGCAGGAGGAAACCUCACUGGUUGGCACCCAGAUUCUGCUGCAGUGUUAUGGCGAAGAGUCUUGGGAAUCCUCGGAGAUGUGAAUAACAUCCAGUCACCAAAGAUCCAUGCCAAGGUUUUUGGCUAUCUCUAUGAACUGUGGUACAAACUGGCCAAGAUACGAGAUAAUCUAGCAAUAAGCCUGGAUAACCAGUCGUCUCCAUCUCCUCCUCUCUUGAUCCCACCACUCAGAAUGUUUGCAUCAUGGCUAUUUAAGGCUACAACUCUGCCAAAUGAAUAUAAAGAAGGCAAACUGCAAGCCUACAAACUAAUCUGUGCCAUGAUGACCAGACGCCAGGAUGUUCUGCCAAACUCUGAUUUCCUGGUACAUUUUUACCUUGUGAUGCACCUGGGAUUAACCAGCGAGGACCAGGAUGUCUUAAACACCAUCAUAAAAAACUGCUCACCCCGCUUUUUCUCCCUGGGUUUGCCUGGCUUCUCAAUGCUGGUGGGGGACUUUAUCACUGCUGCUGCCAGGGUCCUCAGUACAGACAUGUUGGCGGCACCUCGUUCAGAAGCUCUCACUCUCCUUGGUUCCCUUGUCUGCUUCCCAAAUACCUACCAGGAGAUCCCUCUGCUGCAGUCAGUGCCAGAAGUGAGUGAUGUCGUCACGGGAGCUGAAGAUGUCAAGCAUUACCUCAUAAAUAUUUUACUGAAGAAUGCUACCGAGGAACCAAAUGAAUGUGCAAGAUGCAUCGCCAUUUGCUCCCUCGGGGUCUGGAUCUGUGAAGAGCUUGCACAGUGUGCCAGCCACCCGCAGGUGAAGGAUGCCAUCAAUGUGAUAGGUGUAACUUUGAAGUUUCCUAACAAGAUCGUGGCUCAGGUAGCCUGUGAUGUUCUUCAGUUGUUGGUUUCCUACUGGGAAAAGCUUCAGAUGUUUGAAACUGCUCUACCGAGAAAAAUGGCAGAAAUCCUUGUGGCCACAAUUUCGUUCCUUUUACCAAGUGCAGAGUACUCUUCAGUGGAAACAGAUAAAAAGUUUAUUGUGUCCUUGCUCCUUUGUCUCUUGGACUGGUGCAUGGCACUGCCGGUGAGCGCCCUCCUCCACCCUGUAUCCACAGCAGUCCUUGAGGAGCUGCACCCAUCCCGGGCUCCCUUGCUGGAUUAUAUCUACAGGGUUCUGCACUGCUGUGUCUGUGGCUCAAGCACAUACACACAGCAAAGUCACUAUACUCUGACCUUGGCUGACCUGUCAUCCACGGAUUAUGACCCCUUCCUACCUCUGGCAAACGUGAGGAACUCCGAGCCAGUCCAGUACCAUGCAUCAGCAGACCUGGGAAACCUGCUGACUGUGGAAGAGGAGAAGAAGAGAAGAAGUGUGGAAUUGAUCCCCCUCACUGCACGAAUGGUCAUGGCCCACCUAGUGAACCACCUAGGCCACUAUCCACUGAGUGGGGGCCCUGCCGUGCUGCACAGCCUGGUCAGUGAGAACCACGACAAUGCCCACGUGGAAGGGACUGAGCUGUCCUCAGAGGUGUUCAGGAGCCCAAACCUGCAGCUCUUCGUAUUUAAUGAUAGCACCCUCAUCUCCUACCUUCAGACACCAGCAGAACCAGCUGGAGGGACUUCAGGGGCUUCCCUCUCGGAUGUGAGAGUCAUUGUGAGGGAUAUCUCAGGGAAGUACUCAUGGGAUGGCAAGGUUUUAUAUGGACCUCUGGAAGGCCGUUUGGCACCCAAUGGAAGGAAUCCCUCAUUUCAGAUUUCUGGCUGGCAUCAUCACACGUGUGGACCUCAGAAAGAUUUGUUUCACAGUGAGGAGGGAGAUGAUGUACUUGACAAAUUACUUGAAAACAUUGGCCAUACAAGCCCUGAAUGCCUUUUACCAUCACAAUUAAAUCUAAAUGAGCCUUCCCCAACCCCACAUGUAAUGAACUGUGACCAAGAGAAGGAAAUCAUCGAGGUCAUCCUGCGCCAGAGCACACAGGAAGAUGAGUAUGUGCAGAGGUGUAACUCAACUUCUGCAGUAAAGGUCACCAGCCAAGGGCAGCCCUCACCCGUGGAGCCCCGGGGACCCUUUUAUUUCUGCAGGUUGCUACUUGAUGACUUGGGAAUGAAUUCCUGGGACAGAAGGAAGAAUUUUCAUUUGUUGAAGAAAAAUUCAAAAUUAUUGAGAGAGCUAAAGAAUCUGGACUCGCGUCAGUGCCGCGAGACCCAUAAGAUCGCAGUGUUUUACAUUGCUGAAGGGCAAGAAGACAAGUGUUCCAUUCUAGCCAAUGAAAGAGGAAGCCAAGCAUAUGAAGACUUUGUUGCUGGUCUUGGAUGGGAGGUGGAUCUCUCAACCCACUGUGGUUUUAUGGGUGGUCUUCAGCGCAAUGGCAGCACGGGACAGACGGCCCCUUACUAUGCUACCUCGACCGUGGAAGUAAUUUUCCACGUUUCCACUCGGAUGCCAUCAGAUUCAGACGAUUCGCUCACCAAAAAGCUCCGUCACCUGGGGAAUGACGAGGUCCACAUCGUCUGGUCUGAACACUCCAGGGACUACCGCAGGGGUAUUAUCCCAACAGCCUUUGGAGACGUUUCCAUCAUUAUUUAUCCAAUGAAGAAUCAUAUGUUCUUUAUCACGAUAACGAAGAAGCCUGAGGUUCCGUUCUUUGGGCCUCUGUUCGAUGGAGCGAUCGUGAGUGGGAAGCUGCUGCCAAGCCUUAUCUGUGCCACUUGCAUCAAUGCCAGCAGAGCGGUGAAGUGCCUCAUCCCACUCUAUCAGAGCUUCUACGAAGAACGAGCUCUGUAUCUGGAAGCAAUAAUUCAAAACCACCGGGAAGUCAUGACAUUUGAGGAUUUCGCUGCUCAAGUCUUUUCUCCCUCUCCCAGCUACUCUCUCAGUGGAACGGAUUAAAGUACAUAUUGGCCUCAUUACGAUACUUGAGCAAGGGGUCUUGACCUUCAGCCUGAGUAUGGACCCCAAGAAAAUCCUCCAUGUGGAAGAGAGAGACAAGACUCCCCUGAUUUCCCCAGAACCCUCACAAUCCAGACUUGAGGAACCUGCCACUGUGCCAGCAUGUUCAGCCUCCCCAUGGUUGGCUUCCCAAGGUCAGAGAUGAUCUAGUUUGUGUGGAACCUUCAAACAAGGCUGUGUCCCUCUUGUCUUGGACUCUCACCAAACCUUGGGCAUCAGAAGAAGAAAAGAAAAAGUCACCAUCAACCAGGAACAAACCUGCUGUUAUAUGGGCAAUGGAGAAGCCUGAAGUCUCUAGGCAGAAUAUAGUAGCAAAAGGUUCGGGGUCCACAGGAAAGGGGCAAAGGGCACUUGUCUGUUUUGUUGAAACGUUUUCCUUCCAUUUAUACCCCCAAGCUUGAUUCCCAAAAGGGCUGACAAAAGAACUGCAUAAUUGUUGGAGGAAUUUCCCCCAUACUGAUUUAGCUAAUCCUUCUGUUACGAUUUAUAGUUUACUCGAAAUUUCAUCAUCAUGGAAACUGGCUGUCCCCAGGGUCUCUUCCCACAGGUUGUUUCACCUCCACCAUUGAACCUUUUCCACCUGGAGCUGAGGCCCCAUUGACUUAAGAUUCUCCUGACAACACAGAGUUCUGUCAGGUGAUGUUCCCACACAGGAGGGGAGGGAAUGGGGGGUUGCACACAUGAAAAUAUGGGUUGCCCAGCACAGGACCACACACAUCAACUGUGCCUACUCCAGCUCCAGAGCUGACCAACACCCCCAUUGUGUCCAGUGCCCCCGAAAGGUCAUCUGAAGUCUUCCUCCUGCCUGCUCUUCAGAGUCCAAACAGGCCUCAGAAACAGCCUUAUCAUAUGAGCUCUAGGGUAACAGACUCCAGGCACACACACACACACACACACACACACACACACACACGAAUCAAAUUUUAUAUAUUAGCUCUAAGGAAGAUGUGUUGUGCCUAUUAGGGAUGGGAGGGAAGGAAGGAGUUAAAUGUGUCCCUUAUUGAACAGGGGCAUCUUGGACCUUAGAAUUCGGCAACUAAACAUUCUCAGGGAAGCCUUCUGCUCAGUCACACACAUACACACACACCACCCCCAUGCCUCUGUCCUGGCCCUGUUGCUGUCUCAGAGCAAACCAGAAAAUGCAGCAGAGGUCACCCCUUGCUGCAUGGCCCUGCCACAUGAUGCUGUUCCCAGUGCACACAUCUAGAUGAGCCCUUCACUCAAAGCAGGAAAGCAGCCGUAGAAGAUGGACUCAAGGGGCUCGGGCAUGGGAAAGAGUGUCCUGGAUGUGGACACCUCUCUACUUUCCUCUGGCCUCUGAUCUCACACUCCUAGCCUGCUUGGUCACUUCUCUGAGCCUGUUUAUCCACCUCAUCAGUGUCCAUUCCCCAGAGAAGCCAGCCUUUUAUAUCUACUACAGAGCUGAUUUGGCUGCUGCUGACCUUGGUAGAGAGAGGAGUGGAGCCAGAAGCCAUUCUUAGUCUUGUACUAAGUGAGAAUUCCGAGAGUGAGAUAUUCUAGGAGCACCUUCCCACUGCAGGGAGAACCCAUCCUCCUGCUGUGAAGGGAAUUUAACAACCUCUCAUCCCAGGCCCACAGACAGAAGCACCUGGAGAGCUGCUUGAAGGUCAUAGAGCAGGACAUUGCAAAGCAGAAAAAAAGGCCCUGGGUGCUGUUUUCUAAGGGUCCAGGAUGCUUACUUAUUGGGAGGUUAAUGGUGAUAGAAGGGAAAUAGGCUGUCAUGACAUUUCCCAUUGUGUCAGUGAAACCUUGAUUCUUAUCCCACCCACUAUGUGCGUGUGUGUUUGUCUUUGUGUGUCUGUGUGUGUAGCUAGUAUUCCUCAGGCUUGUGUUAUUGAUCUGCUACUUUGGUGUUUACAAAGUACCCAGACCUGGCUCCUGCAGAAAGCACCUUCCAAGUCCUGGGCUCCAAAGGCCAGCGCAGCACUCGGUGAUGGAAUAGCUUCUGUAGGAACACUUAUCUUCAGGCCCCAUAAACCCCUGUUGUGGAAUUCUUGUCAUUUUGGAAGUCUUUCAUUUUCAUCUUUUUCAGUCCUAACAGAACCCAGGGCCACAACCCAGGUCCCAGAGGUCCUGUUUAGCUCACAGAUGUCUAUUCAUAAUUUCAUUUGCUUCCACAAGCCCUCAGACUUGGAGUGAGAAAUUCAAUUGGAGGCAGCAAAUAAUUUGAACUUCUUGUAACCUAAUGAUUUUACCAACCCGACACCCAGGUUGACAGCGACAGUUUAUGUCUGUUUAUAUUUUACUUACUUAUAGUCCAUGGGUCUUGGGUUGGUAAUAGCUCUGGUUAGAGACCUAAGAGCUGGAGAGUAGGGACUCUGGCAACCAUGUUUGAUUGAAUUCAGCAGCUCUUGUUAUUUAGGGUGGAACAUUGAAAUGAUCAAGUUUGGUGUUUCCUUUUGUCAAUUAGAAAAGCAAAUAUUGUGUUCUCAUAAUAAAUGUCUAUUACUUUUAGCAAAACUGCUAAUGGUCACUCAUCUGGCGAGACCCUCCCGAGAGCCACUCAUCACAUUAGUAUUAGUAGGUCAGCUAUCUGUGAUAAAAGUGUCCCUAAUUACCACAAAGUAUGAUAAGACUCUCUGGGCUCCAGCAGGGCCUGGCCAGUACCCGCCUUUCUCCACAUGCUGACUUCCGGAUGUCCAUAAAGAGGGAAACUGAUGUUUAUAGUCUUGUUGAUUAGACUUUCAUGAUGUUAAAAACUAGUAACCCCACAAAAUUAGGACUUUUUAAAAAUAGCCAGACCUUCAGCAGACUGAAGAAAAGAGAUGUAGCCUGGUGAGUGACUUUUCCAGUGUCUUCAGCAGCCAAGUUGGCAGAUCUUGAGAGCAGAGCCCCAGGAAUGGACACUGACUCUGCCAUAUGCUAUUUAGUAGGACCCUUAGCCUUAUAAAGGAGAUCAGACAGCUCCAGAGAGCCAUGCAAACCCUGUCCUCCUGAUUGUCCUCAGGUGUCCCUUCCUUUUUCCACUGACCUGUGGUGGAGGUUUGAUGAACCCUCUAAGCCUUCCUGUGUGUCUUCUAUGUAGCUGUAUCACUCCAUACUUACUGAAGGAGAUGUCACAUCUAAGGGAAACUCAUCCAGAGACACCCAUCCUUGGAUUUGCACCCAGUCUCUAUGUAUAUGACGUACACGAUAAGCAAGCAUUUCCUAGGUUUCAGGUCUACGAUAUUUAGAAUGUGUAAAUAGGGGAAAUUUGAUAGAGAUGAUAAAUUAAGUUAUAGCAUGUCGUUUGAUUGUUCUGAGGUCUCUUGUUAUUUAACUUCCCAGUGCUGCACAACUAGGCUGUUCUGAGGGGUGUGUGGUUGGGCGAACCUCCAGACUUGCUCCACCUUGUCAGGAGGGUACGUGUGCACUAGGGACACACUCCACAAAGGCAGCCAUGCUGGGAAAACACUUAGCUCCAUAGUGGUGCCACAACUCCAGCUCGCUCUUUUUCCUUCUGAUUUACUGUGAUGAGUUGGUGAAUGAGAAACACGGCAUCUAGGUGCUGCAUGUUUCUGACAUUCUCAUAGUCUGUAGAAAAUAAAAGUUUAUCGCACCAUCUAAUAAAAAUGUUGAUUUGA